GGCAAGCAGCAGCACCUCCUGUCCCGUCUCAUCCUCCUCCCUCCUAGACCGGAGCCAGCCCGGACCUAUGAUGGCUUCAACUACAACCUGCACCAGGUUUACCGACGAGUAUCAGCUUUUCGAGGAGCUUGGAAAGGGGGCAUUCUCAGUGGUGAGAAGAUGCAUGAAAAUCCCUACAGGACAAGAAUAUGCUGCCAAAAUUAUCAACACCAAAAAGCUUUCUGCUAGGGAUCACCAGAAACUGGAAAGGGAAGCUAGAAUCUGUCGUCUUUUAAAGCAUCCUAAUAUUGUGAGACUCCAUGACAGCAUAUCUGAAGAAGGAUUCCAUUACUUAGUCUUUGAUUUAGUCACAGGCGGGGAGCUCUUUGAGGACAUAGUGGCAAGAGAAUAUUACAGUGAAGCAGAUGCCAGUCAUUGCAUUCAGCAGAUCCUGGAGGCUGUGCUCCAUUGCCAUCAGAUGGGUGUAGUCCAUCGGGAUCUUAAGCCUGAGAACUUGCUUUUAGCUAGCAAAUCCAAGGGAGCAGCUGUGAAACUUGCAGACUUUGGCUUGGCCAUAGAAGUUCAAGGAGACCAACAGGCAUGGUUUGUGUACCACAUUAAGAAUUCUUCUCCACCAUGGGAAUGCAUCUCCAAUUUUACCCAUGGAAAUACCAUUGGGACAGAGCCCCAAACUACCGUAAUCCACAACCCUGAUGGAAACAAGGAGUCCACUGAGAGUUCCAAUACAACCAUUGAGGACGAAGAUGUGAAAGCUCGUAAACAAGAGAUCAUCAAAGUCACUGAACAGCUUAUUGAAGCAAUCAACAAUGGAGACUUUGAAGCUUACACAAAAAUAUGUGACCCAGGUCUCACUGCUUUUGAACCUGAAGCUCUGGGUAAUUUAGUGGAAGGAAUGGACUUUCAUCGAUUCUACUUUGAAAAUGCUUUGUCCAAAAGCAAUAAACCGAUCCACACCAUCAUCCUGAACCCCCACGUCCACCUGGUAGGCGACGAUGCAGCCUGCAUAGCAUACAUCCGGCUCACGCAGUACAUGGAUGGCAGCGGAAUGCCAAAGACUAUGCAGUCGGAAGAGACCCGGGUCUGGCACCGCCGCGACGGGAAGUGGCAAAACGUUCAUUUUCACCGCUCGGGUUCACCAACAGUACCCAUCAACUAAAACUCAACAGUGCCACUUCUGCAUUCUCUGUUUUCAAGGCACCUGGAUGGUAACCACCCGGGCGGGCCUGUCCUCUUCUUCAUGCAUGUUUCCAAAUGCAUGAAGCUGUGAUGGUCCUUCCUGUAACAAUGCAUUUGUAAUGCAUCAUUUUGUCAUAGAGUCCAUCUUUCUGUUUUGUUUGCACCCUAUCAGAGGGGAUGUUUUGGGUAAAUUAAAACUAGUGUCAGCAAACAAGGGGUUGUGGGGGUACGGGGAAGGGGGAGAGAGAUAAAAUACCACAACCAUCCACACAAACCAAGCAUUGAGCAAGCAUCAUUUUUCUGUUCAUGCCAAGUUUUAACAGCCUUCAGAGCUAUUGUUCUCUAAAUGAUAGUUUAUUUUUAAAAAAUCAUCAAAAACAAAGUCUACGCUAUAUCUGUUUCAGUUUGUUAAAAAAAAAGAAAUCAAAGGCAAAAAAAAUUCUUUAUUUUUCUUUGUGGUUAUAGUUGAAAUGAUUGGUAUUUUUGUUGGUGGCUUUGUUACUGUAGAGCAACUGGAUUGUGACAGCUAUGUGGAUGAAAUCAGUGAUGAAUGUGGAAACAAAAAUGUGCUGGCUGGGUAUCAGCCCAAGCCAUCUUAGUGUUCGAUCAAGCUGUGUAAACUGGAAAAACUCACAUCACUCACUGGCUUGAUCUCCCUAGGAUAUGCUCCCCCCCUUCUGGCGAAUCAGCUGUGUCUGUUGCUUCUUCCUCAAGUCUUGACUCUCCAAUCUCUUCUCCUUUGGGCUAAGUAUUUAUAGUUAGUGAGAAAAGGGCUAAAGGCAACCCAAGGAGAAGGAAUAAUAGGGACUUAGGGGGAAAAGGUAAAGCAGAGAGCUUUGGAGCACUUUCAGGGUGUACAGAAUUUUAUUCAAGAGAAUCCUAGAUUUUUUAAAAAACUGUUGAUUAUACUCUAGAUUGGGCUAAGGUAUUCUAAAUCUUGUAGGGGAAAAAAAGAAAAGAUGUGUAGACUUUUAAAGAGCUGAAAAUGAAAAGAUAUCCAUCCUAUUUGAGUGGCUUAAUUUCUUACUCUUCUGGAUAAUCAUGGCAGUCAUAUCAGGACCUCUAAGAGUUUAGCACAAUCACUAUGUGUGCACAUGGGCUCCCUUUGCACCCCCCUAGGAGUGAAUGGCAGGGACUCCGCCUACUCCAGCAUCACUAGUUAUUUUUCUAUAAAAUAAGCAGGGAAAUCUUUUCCGUGUUGAUAGACAUCUUAUAGCCUGUUCUUUGCAAUUUGACCUCCUCCAUCUUCUCUCCUCCAUUGUAGUUUCUGAAAACAGUAUUUCAACCUAAAAAAAAAAAAAAGGGAAAUGCCUCAAUUUUCAGGGGGGGUUGAAAGUGGAUUGGGGAGGGAGCCAGAGUAUUGCUCCUUGUGUUUCCUUCUUUGUCCCCUUCCUGCAAAGCUUUCCCCCUUUCCUGUGAUGCUAUAUAGUGCAUGCUAUGUCCAUUGUUGUCUUUUUUUUUUUAGCAAUUCACAAGCCUCUGAAAUCUGUUUUAAACCUGAAAAGGAAGACUUCCUAAUUUGUAUCAUUUCCCCUUUCUGUGUUGGUUACUAAUCCAAACAAUCAUCCUUUACGCCCUUAGAUGUUGUACCUAGUGGAUGUGUGGUAGCUGGAUUGAAGCUUUUCUGAUCAUUAUUACAUGAUUUUAAAUGAUAUAUAUUUAAAAUACAUAUAUACAGUAAAUGUAUUGAGCCAUGUUAAUCUGCCAAUGAGAUCUGUGAAAAAAGUAAUGGCCUCUUUUGUUUCCUCCAUUUUAAAUUUCUAUCACA